UGCAGGUUGCAGAAAAACAGUCAACUGAACGGAAAAUGUGUGAUGACGAGCAAAAAUUAUUGGAUGAAGCGGCGAAAAAACUUCUCCAGUUCGAUACUAAUAUAGCGACGUUAUUGAAGCAGCUCGUAGAUUGUACGCCAGAUUGUAGUGAUCAAAAUGAUAUUCGUACACUAGAAAUCACCAGCAAUAACCUAUGCUACUCGUUGGAACGGGUAUCGCAGUCAAUAUUAAAAAUUCUAGAAGAUCUCCACUCAAAAAAUCAGGAAUUGGAGAGUUUGAGAGCGUUUAAACGAAACUCCGAAAGUGCCCUAGAAACUCAAAAUGAAAAAAUCGCUAGGUUGGAGCAGGAGCUUUCCGCCACUAGACACAAUAUUUUUAGCCAAGCAGUAGGACAAAUAGAGGCCGUAUCUUGGACCGGUUCCAUAAUGGGUGCAAUGUUGUGGAAAUCAUGCAAACAACAUGACAGUGUUAAAGCACUUAUUGGAACUGACAGCUUGCGGGAUUUCUUAGUAAUGUCCAAUUGCGUGCUAAGUAGUUUUGUAGCAAGACAGAUUGAAGGUACAUUACCGCUUCCCGAUACGGAUGACUACAAAUUUAUUGUCUCUAUAUGUGGCACCUUCACUAAUCUGGCUGCCUUUCCCGAAGGACGAGCACAUUUGGCCACAGAUGCUGAUGGGCUGGCAUUUGCCAAUAAUUUGCUCCAUGCCAUCGAGCGGUUCAUGAUGCCAGCUGGCAGGUUGUUAAAGCGAAUGACUCUAACAUUUGUGUAUAACAUUUGUUUGGAGGAGAAUGGAGCUAGAUUUGUAAUGUAUGAUGGAAAUCGUUUGAGGAGCAUAAUCAACUGUUUGGACUUGGUAAACUCGGAGGACAUAUUGACGCUCGCAGUUACCCUGCUAAUGAAACUGAUAAAAUGUGCUUCAGAAGUCGAACUGAAAGCAGCCAUUGCCCAACAAAUUCCUAGAAGUAUUAUCAAACAGAUUGUCAGUAUAAACAAUCCGCAACUGAAGGAAACCGCCGCCUAUCUUCUAGAGUUGGUGGAGUUUGAUUGGAUCACUUCAGCGAGAAAAAAUUAGGCGUUUCUCGUUAGCAGUGUUUAUUUCAUAUUCGUACAAAUAGGAGGAAUAACUGUAUACUUGGCGCACAAAUCAGAAUGGCCUUUCUGGACGCCAAUCAUGAUUUCACGGAUUGUGAGAUUUUUACUGAUUACCAGUUGUUUCUUUUUUCCAAUAAGUUGCGGGAAAAGUUUCAGCGAAGAAGCCAGGCUGUAAUGAUAUUGUGAAAUACACGUAUUUCAGACCAUGCAAAACAUGAUACUCACUCUUUCAGCUUGAUAACUUGAUGCUUAGAGAACUGUGGGCUGAAUACCAAAUCGUAAAGUGCAUUGCCGGAGGCAUACUGUUUAAUCGCCAACAUGAACGCCUCUAUCGGUAUCUUCUCUGGCUUACUAUCUUCUGUACCGAAUCCUGCUUUAGCUUUGAGUUUCUUUAUCCCAAUUGGUUCCAGUAUUCCUUCCUCGUUAUUGCCCAGGGAGCCACCACUCCAGCCUUGUUUCUGGAGCAUGCGAAAACCAAUGUUACCCUCAUCCAGUUGAU